AUGUCUUUGCUGCCUCUCUUGUGCCUUCUGAAGCUGCCAGUGCUUCAUGCCGUCAUCACCGAGGGUGGCACAGUGCAAACCAUGGAAGUGCGAGCAUCAGGUCAAGUGAUGAGGCGCCAAAGCAUCAAGCAGGAUCUAAGUGAAGAGAUUGCUGACAAGUUGUUUUCUACCGCAGAGAUUCAGUGUGACAAUACCCUGGACACAAACACCAGCAAGAAUGUGGUCUUGGGUGUUACUCCCACCGUCACCAGUCAAUGCGGAAGACCAAGGAGACACAAACGCUUCUUGACGGAUGGAGAAACCCGGGUGAACAACAACCAAAACAAGAGGUACUGGAGAAGUUGCGGCAAUGACAAUGCGCCAGCGGCUACCCUGAGCUUCAACGAGACCUGUGUCCGCCAAAUUCGCAUUUGGUCACGCCCCGACUGCUGCGGCAGCCAGAGUGCCGGGGUGCUGGCGAAGGUGUGGGACGGUGAAGCAUGGCAGCAGUGUGGUGAAGCUUCCACAAAUGUCGGAACGCAAGCAGCCUUCACCUUCCAUUGUGGCAUCAAGGGCUCCAAGUUGAAGCUUACCAGAGCGGAGGAUUCCAGUGGAAUCAUUUCCAUCUCAGAGGUCCAUCUCUAUCCAGGCGUGCAGCCCCCAUUCUGCAUGCCUGGUGACAUCGACACGGGCAGCAACCUGGCCUUGGAGAGGACUCCCUCGGUGACGUCAGACUGCAGCCAAAUCUCGGGCUCGUCCAAGGCUUUCAUGACGGAUGGAGAGCUGCCCAGCAACAAAAAGAAGUAUUGGCGCUCCUGCAAAGAGAACAACCCCGCGGCCACGGUGACCUUCGCUGAAAGCAGCUGCGUGCGCCAGGUGAAGAUUUGGGCCCGCAACCAAGGCGAUGGAACCGGUGCAGGCAUUCAAGCUAUGGUGCUGAGGGGCAGCAACUGGACCCAAUGUGGCAGCGACGCACCUGCCAUUGGCAAGGGCGAAACCCACACCUUCGAGUGCAAUUUGAUCGGGACAAAAAUCCGUUUGAAGAGGGAGUGCAACAGCUGCAGGAUGCAAAUCAGGGAGAUGAAGGUCUUCAGCAACCAAGCAGCCUGUCCGAGACGGGAGUACAGUGCAGGUUUGGAGGCUAAGAAAGCAAGAGGCAGAGCGGCACAAGUGCCUCCCGGAUAUGUACAAGUCGGAAAUUACGAGGUACGCCAGAGCCAGCUGCCAGACCUCAAGGCCUUGGGCCCAGCCUUUGACGCCAACGUGGUGAAGUUGCAGAAACACUACGGGAUUUCGGAACAAGCUGCCUUGCGCCUCUAUUUGGGCUGCAACCUUGACAUGCAGGAAGCAGUGAGUCGUUAUGAUGGAAUUCUACAGUGGCGGCAGCGGCACCGCGCUGAUGAUUUGCGGCAAACGUUGCUGAAGCAGCUGGCGGAUGGCCAGCAGCUCCGACCGCCCAACCAUGAGCUGGUGUCUCAGAUGGCGGUGGUGAACCCCUGCGCACUGCGGACAUUGGAUGGCUCUCCGGUAUCCAUUUUCCACGUGGGUAGCGCCAAAUCCAGCAAGGCCGUGCAUGACGAUCACCUCCAGAGGUGGAGCAUCUUCACUGCCGAGUACGUGGAUAUUUGGCUCACGCAGCAGACCCUUCAGACUGGGCGCCUGGCAGGACAUGUGCAGAUCUAUGACCUCGAGAAUGUGAGUUUCUGGCAAAUUUCCAGUGGAUCACUGGUGGAAAAGCUGAAGAUUCUACUGGGAGCUGGGCAGAAUUAUAUGGAGCAGGUGUCCCACAUCUUCGUGAUCCGUUCUGGAUCCAUCUUUUCCAUGGCCUGGAAGUUUGUGAAGGGCUGGAUUUCACCCAGAACUGCUUCCAAGAUCAAUGUGUCCAGCGACAUCCCCAGAGACUUACUUCAGCUCUUGGGCCCUGACGCGGCGUUGCUGCCCAUGCUGAAGCCGCAGUGGACACUGGCCAUGCAGCGACCACCUGAAGUCGCGAGUUCUUCUGGGUUUUGA